UAGAGUUCAACAUGUUAUGUGUAGAAUGGAGGAAGCACCGUGUCGACGGUGCAAGUCACGGUGGCGGACCAGCCUUUGUACUGCCACGCUGUUCGGCAUCUACUUCCAGCCUACUUUUGUUUUUGCAGCGAUCGUCCCAUGCAAUGUGAGAUUGGCAUUCAAUGAGCUCGUCGGAGACACCGUGACCUUCGACGCUCUCGGGGGGCCGUACACUAUGCAGGUCGAUAAGGGGCGAACGAUAACCCAGAUUGGAGGAGAUGAAUGGGACCGUUUCAUCGCCCGCUUGCGUCUUAGUGGGGGUGAAUUGAUCAGCUUCUCCUUCAGAGGAGAAAGGCCCAGGAUUUCUGUUAUCUAUCUGAAUUUGAUUUUCGAUAGUGAGGAUGAAGUUCAUGAGGAGGACGAUGGUGAGGAUUCAGAUGAUGAUGAGAACCCACUUGAUGAAGCACUCUAUGCCCAAAGACUGAGCUUGAGCAGCGAUGAAACGUGCAACCUCUGGGACAUGCUUCCGCUACGUGAAGACUACGUUGGGAAGCCAUUCGUGACCCGCCACACAAGGACGAAUGUUAAACAACAUCUCAUGAAAUUACCUAAGAGGUUAUCUGUUAGCUGUGGCAUCGAGCCGCAUGAAGAAGGCAUGACUGCUGGACUAUGCCUUACCGGAACGGGCUCCAUCACCACCUGUGCCUACGCAGUCGACACGGACGGUCGCACUGUCUUCAACCGGGCGGGGUGGAAGAAGUUCCUUCAUGGCAAGAAUCUUUGGGUAGGUCAGGGCAUCCUACUCACCGUUGCAAACACCCGUCGCCAUGACUUGAGGAUGAUGAUCACCAUCAACCUCAUUUAG